CGCUUCGCCGGCGCGAUCUUCGCGGGCGACGGCCGGCUGCUCCGGCACCGCGCGCUCGCGCGGUACACGACGCGGCGCGGCCAGGGCGGCGCGCAGAGCGCCCUGGACGCGAGCGGGAAGAAGGUGAGCAGCGUCGGAUCGACGCUGCGGCGCCACGGCGAGCGCGCGCUCGCCGACGACGUGCGCGCGCUCCUGGCCGAGUGGCGCGCCGACCUGGGCGCGUGCGCGCUGGUGGCGGUCGCCUGCGCCAAGGCGCUGCGGCCGCUGCUGUUCGGCGGC